AUGUUUUCAUUAUUUAAGUCAUGGAGAAAUCUGAAGACAUGUUAAAAAAAGAAGAAACUGACUCAACAUCUGCUUCCAAAGAAACUGGUGUUGAAGGUGUGUCAGAUAUGAAAGCAGAAACUACAACAGGACAUGAUGUAGUCAGAAAAGAAGCAGAAAACUUGGAUGACAAGAUGGUUGAGAAAGAGACUUUGGGUGAUGAGGUUAAAACUUCUGAUGUCAUUGAUAAGGAAUCGCAGGACUCUUCAGGAGUAGAAGAUGUUGAAUUAACAAAGAAGUCAGAAGACCCUGAUAUACAAGCAGAAAGUGUGGAGAAUGAAAAAGCAGAAUUGAAUAUAGAUUUGAGCAAGGAACCAGCUCUAGAUGAUGCUGGUAGGAACCAGAUGUUUGAAGAAGGUUUGAAGCUGGAUAAAGAAGGAAAGAAAGUGGAAGCAUUGAAACGAUAUCUAAAAUGUCUUGUCGGUUUGAAAGAGAAUUCAAGAUUUGCAUUGCUGCCUCAAUGCUUGCGAAAUAUUGGUGAUAUCUAUUAUGGUAGAGAUGAAUUUGAUAAAGCAAUCAGUUUUAUCCAGGCAGAGAAGUUAUAUUAUGAAAGUGUUCUCAUAGAUGACACAGAGUUACAGAAACAUAUAGAUGAAGUAACAAAGCAGGGUGCUGGUGAUACAGCUGACACUAAUAUUGAUGCCCUCAGAGCCUCAGAAUAUGAGCAGCUUGCUAAACUAUGUCUCGAUGAAAAACAACCACAGUUAGCACUAGAAUAUGCAGGCAAGUGUACAAAGUUAAGACAGAAAGUGUAUGGUGACAAUCAUCCCCUUGUUCAACAGAGUCUUGAUUUCUUUGCUACAGUCUAUGCAGAGGUUGGAAAAGUUCAAUAUACAGAAUCAAUGAGUAAAUAUGCCAAGUCUGGGGAACCAGAUAUUACCUCCCCUACUGUGUCAUGGGAGACAACUCCAGCAGACACUCCUGAACCUACCUCAAUAUUGAGAAAAAGAAAGAAUACUGAAGGUGACAGAGAAAAGAAGGUUAGGUUUGAUGAAUCACAAGUGCCUUCAGAUGCCGAGCUAGAUAGAGAGGAGAAAUGUGCACGCUUUGUGCUCCUGUGUUUCUUUUUUAUUUUGUUGUUUGUUCUGUUCCUUCUUGGCAUUUAUUUGUUCUGCAGACUACAAUCACCAUCAACAUGUACAAAUGUUGGUUAUUUCUUCUCGGACACGGUCAUGCAGAUAAAAUUCUGGUAUUACAAAUUUUUCUCCAGUGCCAACUCUAAAUACACAUAGCUUUCACGAGGGAGGUCACAAGAACAGCUGUGGUGAAACCGAGUCUCAAAGAUUCAAACUUGGCUCUUUUUAACAUUAUGUUGUUUUGUUUUAUAUCUACAUGAAUAUGAAAUAUUUUUCAUACAAUACAAAUAUGUUGUUCCUGGUGAAUCAAAACUGAAAAUUUAGUCACAAUUAUUAGUUGUAUUGUUUUGUUUUGAAGUAUGUUCAAAAUUUAGUCUUUUUUUGUAAUUUUUUAAACAAGUACUUUUUACACUGUUUCAAAUUUCUUGCAAUAUAGAUGUUUUUAAUGAAAUGAAAUUUCAUAUUAAAAGAAAGUCAGGAAAAUAAUUUUAUUAGAGCUUAUUAUGCCCCCAUUUUGAAAAAAAGGGGGUAUAUUGCUUUGCACUUGUCGGUCCGUCGGUCCGUAGACCAAAUGGUUUCCGAGUGAUAACUAAAGAACCCUUAGGCCUAGGAACUUCAAACUUGGUAUGGUGAUUGGUCAUGACCAGUAGAUGACCCCUAUUGAUUUUGGGGUCAAGGGGUCAAAGGUCAAGGUCACAUUGACCUUGAAAGCAAAAACGGUUUCCGAUCAAUAACUAAAGAACCUUAAGGCCUAGGAACUUCAAACUUGGUAUGGUGAUUGGUCAUGACCAGUAGAUGACCCCUAUUGAUUUUGGGGUCAAGGGGUCAAAGGUCAAGGUCACAUUGACCUUGAAAGCAAAAACGGUUUCCGAUCAAUAACUAAAGAACCUUAAGGCCUAGGAACUUCAAACUUGGUAUGGUGAUUGGUCAUGACCAGUAGAUGACCCCUAUUGAUUUUGGAGUCAAGGGGUCAAAGGUCAAGGUCACAUUGACCUUGAAAGCAAAAACAGUUUCCGAUCAAUAACUAAAGAACCUUAAGGCCUAGGAACUUCAAACUUGGUAUGGUGAUUAGUCAUGACCAGUAGAUGACCCCUAUUGAUUUUGGGGUCAAGGGGUCAAAGGUCAAGGUCACAUUGACCUUAAAAGCAAAAACGGUUUCCGAUCAAUAACUAAAGAACCUUAAGGCCUAGGAACUUCAAACUUGGUAUGGUGAUUGGUCAUGAUCAGUAGAUGACCCCUAUUGAUUUUGGGGUCAAGGGGUCAAAGGUCAAGGUCACAUUGACCUUGUAGGUAAAAACGGUUUCCGAUCAAUACCUAAAGAACCUUAAGGCUUAGGAACAUUAAACUUGGUAUGGUGAUUGGUCAUGAUCAGUAGAUGACCCCUAUUGAUUUUGGGGUCAAGGGGUCAAAGGUCAAGGUCACAUUGACCUUGAAGGUAAAAACGGUUUCCGAUCAAUAACUAAAGAACCUUAAGGCCUAGGAACUUCAAACUUGGUAUGGUGAUUGGUCAUGAUCAGUAGAUGACCCGUAUAGAUUUUGGGGUCAAGGGGUCAAAGGUCAAGGUCACAUUGACCUUUUAAUUAAAAACGGUUUCUGAUCAAUAACAAAAGAACCCUUAGGCCUAGGAACUUCAAACUUGGUAUGGUGAUUGGUUAUGACCAAUCAGAUGACCCCUAUUGAUUUUGGCGUUAAGGGGUCAAAGGUCAAGGUCACAUUGACCUUGUAGGUAAAAACGGUUUCCGAUCAAUAAUGAAAGAACCGUUAGGCCUAGGGACUUCAAACUUGAGAUGGUGAUUGGUCAUGAUCAGUAGAUGACCCCUAUUGAUUUUGGGGUCUAGAGGUCAAAGGUCAAGGUCACAUUGACCUUGUAGGUAAAAAUGCUUUCGGAUCAAUAACUUAAGAACCCUUAUGCCUAGGAACUUCAAACUUGGUAUGGUGAUUGGUCAUGACCAGCAGAUGACCUAUUGAUUUUGGGGUCAAGGGGUCAAAGGUCAAGGUCACAUUGACCUUGUAGGUAAAAACGGUUUCCGAUCAAUUAACUAAAAACGCUUAGGCCUAGGAACUUCAAACUUUGUGUGAUGAUUGGUCAUGACCAGCAGAUGACCCCUAUUGAGUUUUAGGUGAAGGGGUCAAAGGUCAAGGUCACAUUGA